AUGGCCUCCGACCUCCUCACCACCCUCCCAGCGACCCUCCAAGCCCUCAUCACCGCCCACACCACCUCCUCCCCCAUCCCCUUCCGCGCCCGCACCGCCUACACCCACCGCACCUGGGCCCGCACCUUCUCCUCGCUCCCGGAACUCUACAUCCAACCGCACACCCCCGCCGAAGUCCAACUCGCCAUCACCCUCGCCCGCCAAUGCCGCCGGCGCCUCGUGGUCGUCGGCUCCGGCCACUCCCCCUCCGAUUUAACCUGCACUUCCUCCUGGAUGUUGAAUCUGGACCGUCUCAACCGGGUGUUGGCUAUUGAUCAGGCGACCGGGCUGGCGACGGUGGAGGCGGGGAUAAGGGUGUAUGCUUUGAGUGCGGCGUUGGAGCAGGCAGGGUUGGCGUUGCCGAGUUUGGGGAGUAUUGACGAGCAGAGUAUCGCGGGGGCUAUUGCCACCGGCACCCACGGGAGUAGUCUCCGGCACGGGCUCGUGAGCGAGACAAUCGUCUCGCUGAAAAUCACGCUUGCCGAUGGGCAGACACAUACCUGCUCGGCGGAGGAACGGCCGGAUCUAUUCCGCGCCGCGCUGCUGUCGGUUGGGGCGCUCGGGGUGGUGACGGAGGUGACUUUGCAGGCGGUGCCGGCGUUUUCGCUGGCGUGGAGCCAGACGAUUGAUGCGGAUGCACGGUUGUAUGAAGGGUGGGAUGGGCUGCUGUGGACGCAGGCGGAGUUUGUGAGGGUGUGGUGGUUUCCGUAUAUGCGGCGGGCGGUGGUGUGGACGGCGGAUAAGGUGUCGCGAGAGGAUAUCACGGCGGGACGGGCGCCGGGGCAUUAUCAUCCGAGGACUAGUUUCCAGGACAGUACGUUGGGGUAUGUGGUGUAUCAGAACUUGCUGGCGCUGUCGAGGUGGUUUCCGAGGAUCACGCCGUGGAUUGAAUGGUUUGUUUUCGGGCUCAACUAUGGUUUCAGCAACGGGGAGUCCACGCGCGUUAGUGGCUGUCAGGAGAGCCACAAAGCGUUUCUGCUUAACUGUCUCUACAGCCAGUUCGUCAACGAGUGGGCCAUCCCGCUCAGCAAAGGCCCCGAGGCCCUGCAACGCCUGGGCGCCUGGCUCAACCGCCUCCAGCCCGGCGACGCAGGCUACGUCGACCACGGCAUCCCCUUCUCCGCCGAGGGGCUAUGGGUACACAGCCCUGUCGAAGUGCGCGUGAGCAACACCAACGUGCGGACCAGCGCAGCGGCGCAAAACCGGCCCUUCCUGGAUAUCACACCCGACGACGAGCCCGCGCUGUACCUCAACGCGACCAUGUACCGGGCGUAUCACCGGGAUCCGGCGCACCACGCGACAGAGCGGUAUUAUGAGGCGUUUGAGUGGCUGAUGCGUGAUUUGGGGGGGAAGCCGCACUGGGCGAAGACGUUUAGUGUUACGCCGGGGGAGUUUGCGGAUUGGUAUGGGGAGGAUUGGGCGCAGUUUUGCCGGGUAAGGGAGGAGGUUGAUCCGGAGGGGUUGUUUGUUGGGCCGUGGCAUCGGAGGUAUUUGUUGGGUGGUGGGCAGCAGCAGCCGGCUGCUGAUGAGAAGGAGUACGAUGUCUUGGGGGCGUCGGGGGUGUUGUUGCCGCUGGAGGAGGUUGGGUUUGUGCAUGAGAAGGCGGCGGAUGGGGGGCUGCGUGUGUCGGGGCAUCAGAAUCCGGCGGUGCCGCAGUUGAAUGUUGAGGUUUGGGAAUAG